GGUGACGUUUACCCAAUACGCAAUUCGGCAUUAAGAAGGUGAGCCAAGAUGGCGACUAAAGUAAGCAAAGAAAGUCCGCCUCCCUUUGAAUGUCCAUCAUGGGCAGGCAAGCCACCUCCAGGGCUGCAUCUAGACGUGAUGAAGGGAGACAAACUGAUAGAGAAACUGAUCAUUGAUGAGAAGAAAUACUACCUGUUUGGGAGGAACCCGGACUGGUGUGACUUCACCAUUGACCAUCAGUCAUGCUCCCGCGCCCAUGCUGCCCUGGUCUACCACAAACACCUGAAGAGGGUGUUUCUCAUAGACCUGAACAGUACACACGGUACCUUCCUUGGACGGAUCCGUCUGGAGGCACACAAGCCUCAGCAGGUUCCUAUAGAUUCGACGAUAUCGUUUGGUGCUUCGACACGGACAUACACCAUCAGAGAGAAACCCCAGACCCAGAGCAGCGCCGGCACCGGAGACACUAAGACAGGAGAGGAUGAAGAGCUGAAAGGACUGCUUGGUUUACCAGAGGAAGAGACUGAGCUAGAGAACCUGACAGAGUUCAACACGGCUCACAACAAGCGCAUCUCUCUCCUGACCAUUGAGGAGGGAAACCUGGAAAUCCAGAGGCCCAAGAGGAAGAGGAGAAACUCCAGGGUCACCUUCAGCGAGGAAGAUGACAUCAUCAACCCAGAGGAUAUAGACCCUUCAGUAGGACGCUUCAGGAAUAUGGUGCAGACUGCUGUCGUCCCUCUCAAGAAGCGGAGAGUAGAAGGUCAAAACACUCUGGGGCUUGACGACCUGACUUCCAAACGCAUGCACGGCUACUCCCUGAGCGGUGGUCUGUAUGGGGACUUGCCUCCCACCACCCAUGAGAAUCAGCCAACCGGAGCCCCAGGAGGAGCUGCCAUCCUAGGAGGUCUUCCUCUGCCCUUCCCCAACCCAGCCCCAGAAGUGGACCUGGCCCCAGAGGCCCCCCAACCCCCUGUCACCCUCAACCCCGCCCCUGUCACAGGCCCCUACCUCCCAGACACCCACAACGAGCCACGCAAGAAGAAGUACGCCAAAGAGGCAUGGCCUGGCAAGAAACCCACCCCUUCCCUACUCAUCUAACCACUCCCUCAAAGCCAAUGACUCUCAGGUUACCAGCAGAGACAUCAGGGACUGUGACCUGGCAGAGAUGGACUCAUUCACUGCUCAGACUAUUUGGAUUUAUUUUUUAUUAGUUAUGUGUUACUCUGCCACCAUUACAAAAACUGAUUGUAAGGCAUCCUGGCGAUUCCUUGGAGCAUCUAACGAUUAUUUUCCUUUGGUACCACUUUACAAUAAAACGAUCCUUCUAAAGGGCUUCUGAAUGGCUUAUAAUCAGGUUAUUAAUUAAGUUGUGAACACUAUAAAUCAGUAAUAGUUAUAAAAAUGUUAUAACACAGUUUUCAUUUGUUGAUGUGGAUACCAAGGAUGGCUGACUGAUAAAGGGACAAAGCAACAAGCACAAUCUGAAAUUUAACAGAACAGAUGCAGUGCAGCAGAAACCUGAGCUUGCCAAGUAGUGAGCCUGCGUCAAUGUAUGAAAACUGUUAUAACUUGUUUAUUAAUGAUUUAUAAAGUGUUUACAGCCUAAUAAAUAAUAUAAAUAUAAACUACUCAAACUAGUGUUAUUUUAAAGUGGUAUCUCAAAAAAUACUACAGUACUACUACUGUGUUAUCGAUCAAUCUGGCAGUUAUUUUCUCAAUCAAUUAGUUGUUUGGUGCAUAAAAUGCCAGAAAAUGGUGGAAAAUGUUGAUCACAUUCUCCCACAGCCCAAGGUGAUGUCUUCAAAUGUCUUUUUUUUGUUUUAUUUUUUUUUUGUUUGUUUGUUUUUGUCCCAACCAACAGUCCACAACACAAAGUCAUUUAGUUUACUGUCAUAGAGGACAAAAGAAACCAGAAAAUUAUGACUUUUGAGAAGUUUUUUCUUAAAAAUGACUCAAAACGAUAAAUCGAUGAUCAGUCGUAGGCAACUAAUCAAUUAUUCGGCUCAUUGUUGCAGCUCUAGUAUGAGCAUUUGAUAAUUCGGCCUCAAUAUUGCAAAUAGCAUUAGAGUAAAUUCACAAGACAUUGCAGAGAGCAUUUGUGGCCCUGAGUGGUGGUUUGGUGUACUUGUCAGUGUCAGGCAAAGUGAAUAUUAUGAUGGGCCAUUGAAAUUUGUUUUUGUUGUGUUGUGUAUCAAACUGUAGUAUUUUUUUCCUACUAAACAAAAUGUUUCAACAUUGUUUUUCACUCCUUAAAUAUUUUGAUAUGCUAUUAAGCAAAUGAGAUAAAAAAAAAAUAAAUAAAUAAAACAAAACUUUUAUAUGAGAUGUUUUACUGUAGGGCGUAAGGAAGGUCAGAAUAUGUAACAAAUAAUUUUCCACAACAAAAAAAAAAAAAGGGGGGGGGGGGGGGGCUUUUUUAUAAAAUAGUGAGGAAUUUUUUUUUUUUUUUUUUCCAUACACACAGACAUUUCCAUAAGACAUGUUAGACCAAAAUGACUUACGUCAUCUUGGGGUUCUCUGACACGGUGCUGCAUUUAUUCUUCAAACCACUAGAUGGUGACUUCUGUACACGGAUGUGGACUGCAGUACUUGCUAAUGAAAUUCAAAACCAUGGUGUGCAGUUUUUAUUUCAAUAUCAGUCUACUGGAUAAACCAGGAUGUUAUAUUGUUUUUAUACUUGGAUUAAUUUGGCUGUUGUCAAAACGGUACCAUGAAAUUAGUGAAGCGAGUAAAGGGGAAAAAAUCGCUAACUUUUUCACAUGCUGCAGUGUACAGAGCAGUUACUGUCGAGACUGUGUGUGCAUCAGACAGGAUUCAGACAGUAACUGUUUCCUCAUACCCGACACCAAAUUAUAGAGCACUACAUUGGUGUGAAACACUUGUUGAGUUGCUGUUGAAUUGGCAUGGAUGGGCUGUACUAUCUGCACAGUAUUUGAGGAAAGUUGCAAACUUGCAUGUUAUGAGAUCUGAUAAAAUUAAAAUACAGGUUCCAUUUGUGCAAAUUUUGUUCUGACGACAUGCCCCAGUUAUUGUCCUUCCUUUGGGUGUGUGUGGACUUUGUAACCAUAGACUGUAAAUAAUAAAAAGGAAUUUUGUUUGGACUCUA